AUGAUUCAAAUUUUACCGCCCAUCAAAGGAACAUGGAUCCCCAUGGAAUUCAAGAUUAAUAUCACUGAUAAUAAAAUGUUGCUUUUACCAAAACAUUCAUCAACAAAAUUUAACAUUAGAACUAAAUUAAUUCGUACAGAUUCUGGAUAUUCAUUUCGUUCAGAGAAAUUAACUGAUACCUUUGAAAUUCCCCUGAGUACUUGUGCACAAACAAUAACCUAUAAAGUGUUUGGACUUCAAAAACAAACUCAGCCAACGAAUUUUAUGAUAAAACCUGAAUACCUUCCUGAAGUUCAAAAUUUACGUAUUACAAUACCAGAUGACACUAAUGCUCGAACAGUUCAUUUGAAUUGGACAUUGAAUACAGCCAAUAACAAACUAGUAUGCCCUUUUAAAACAUAUGCUUUUGUUGAAUCAGAAAAUAAACGAUUAGAAUAUGAAACAUUACAUAAUCAUUUCGAUAUCAGUUGUCUUGAAUCAAGUAAAUUGUUUAAAAUUGGUGUCAUAGUUAAAUCAGCUCAGAAUACAACAGUUAGUCGAAUGGUUCAAUUAGAUUAUUCAACAUGUGAGUUAUAUUAA